AUGUCGGUCGCGACCACGUCGGUCGCGACCAUGUCCUCGAGUGACGAGGAGGAGCAGGCCAACGAGCUGCUCGUGCUGCAGUCCGUGUACGGCGACAAUGUCCUAGUCGGCGAUAGCGUUACCGACAACGACGGCGCAGCCCUUUCCGCCUUCAGCGUGGAUGUUGAGGUGGCUCUUGAAACGCGAGUGAGCCUCCAGGUGGAGCUGGGUGAUCACGAGCCACCUGUCUCGGAGGCGUCCAGCAAGGCCGUGGCGGGAUUCACCUCUUUCGUGCGCGAUCCUCGUGAGCUGGUGAACGCUCAGACCGAGGCAGCCGCCGGCGUGCAGGCAGUCCUGCCAACGCGCUCGAAGAGUGGGCGCUCUCUCGUCGCGACGGCGCGCUUCCUUCCGCCACUCCAUCUUGCUUUGGUACUACCGCGCGACUACCCUUCCAGUUCGCCGCCGCGCUUCACUCUUUCUGCACUGUGGCUUGAUGUCGAACAGCUCAGCUUGUGUGCGAAGGCACUCGAUAAGCUGUGGGAAGACAUGGCAGGCAAUGGCGUGGUCUUCUCGUGGGUGGAAUGGCUGAAGCACGAGGCGAUGGCUCUUCUUGGCUUGGAUGGCAAUGGCUAUGACGGCAGCGAUCUCGAAGGCGCAGAAAAUAUCGACGGCUGCGGCGGCGGCAGUGGCAGCAAUGGCGGCAGCCUGGAUGAUGUUCGGGUGGUGGCCGAGUGCGAGUCGCCGAACGAGGCGCUCGUGGCGAUCCUCCAAUACGCCUUCGAGGAGGAGCAGCGUGCCUUUGCACUCGAGGUGCACACGUGCCCGAUCUGCAUGGAUGAGGUCCCUGGCAUGGCGUGCGUCGCGGGCGUGGCGGCCGGCUGUGAGCACGCUGUAUGCCGGCAGUGCCUCCGCGUGAUGAUUGAGACAGCCGUCGACUCGGCUACCAUCGACGGCAUCCGCUGCCCCAUGCCCGAGUGCCGUUCUGAGCUGCCAGCGGCGCUCAUCGCGCAGCUGGUGCCGUCGGAGACACAGUGCAAAUGGGAAGGCUUGCGGAAGGAGCAGCUGCUUGCAGCGCUGCCUGGGCUGUGCUACUGCCCGCGAUGCGACCCCGCGUCCGCCCAGUACAGGCACUCGGGGCGACCUCUGCUGAAGGGCACCCUGUGCAAGUUCUGGGAGGCAGGUGCUUGCGCGGCUGGCAGCCGCUGCAAAUUCGCCCAUGGCGAAUCUGAGCUGGUGCUGCCGCCGCAGGCAGUGCCGUGCCUGCCUGUCGACGACUCGGACCUUUGCAUUUGCCCCGAGUGCGACUUCAACUUCUGUGCGGCGUGCUACGAUCCGUAUCACCCGGGGAGCGAGUGCGCGAGCCUAGAGGCCAGGACGGCCUACCUCGCCGCAAGGGCGGCUCGGAUGGUGGGACAGGCUGCCUCCUCCUCUUCCCAUUCGAGCUCCCGCGCGGCUGUGCACGCGAAGCUAGCCGAGCUCAAAACCCUCGAGGUGAUCAAGAGGACGGCCAAGCAGUGCCCGAGCUGCAGGGCUGCCAUUGAGCGGACCGAGGGGUGCAACCACAUGCAGUGCCGCUUCUGCGCCGCCCACUUUUGCUGGAGCUGCGGCCAGAUCAUCGGGAGCGCCAAUCCGUACGAUCACUUUCGCAGCGGCGGCUGCGUCGUCUUUCCGACGGAAGCUCCCCGGCGUGGUGGCGCUGGGCCGCUGCGUCUGACUGCAGCUCAGCGCCGUGAGGAUCGGCUCGCCCGCCAGCUGCUCAACCAGCAGCGUGGCGGCCAGAACCUCGAGCGCCUCCAGCACCAGCUCGCGCUGCGUGGGAAGCGCUGCCCGACCUGUGGCGCCGUCAACCACAAGGAGGACAACUCAAACCAUAUCCGCUGCCACCACUGCCGCGGCAGCUUCUGCUUCCUCUGCCGCGCCGAUCUUCGCCGUGGCAUGCGCGGCCACUUUACGUCGACGCACCCGCAGCACUCCCCUCUGGAUGAAGGAGGUAUUGCGGAGGCUCUCGCUGACCUCGAUCUCGCCGUGGAUGUCAUAUAA